AUGGCCGAGGCCGUGCUCCUCGCCGAGGCGAAGAAGCGUCCAAACCUCAACCUCAAGAUCGACUCGGCGGGAACGGGCGCAUACCACACGGGCGAGAAGGCGGACCCGAGAGCAAUAGCUGACAGCAGGACGAUCUCGACGUGCAAGCAGCACGGCAUCCCCUGCCCCUCGAUCGCGCGCAAGGUGCGCGACUCGGAUUUCACCGAUUUCGACUACAUACUGGCCAUGGACCAGUCCAAGUGA